AUGCCACCAGCCGUGACAACUGGAGAUCAAUUUAAAUUGUCAAAUCUGCCGACGGAUACCGUGAGUGCAGUACACUUCCAGCCAGGAAAGGGAGCCCAGUUCCUUUUGGCGUCCAGCUGGGACUGCAUGGUACACCUCUACGACGUCACUUCAGGUGGUCGGCGCUCCUCCUAUGAGCAUGCCUGUCCAGUGCUCGCUAGCUGUUUCGCUGACGCCCUGCACGCCAUCUCAGGCUCCCUUGAGGGUGCCGUCAACCUGCUUGAGAAGGUUUUAGUAAAACUCUUCCUCUCUAUCCAUCUUAAGCUUACUCCUUCAUGUGCGUUUUUAGUUACCAGCUUAGGUAAAUGCAAUCGCGCCGUUAGCGUGGCGCUCUACAGUCAGGCGAUCGGUGCGCCGUUAACGGGAAGUUGGGACAAAACGGUGCGCGUAUGGGAUCCCCGAGCCUCCAACGCGACCUCCACUGGUGACGCAUCUGCAGGUGGCGCGGUCUCUGUGCACCAACAGCCCGACAGUGUCUUCACCAUGGACGCCGUCAAUACCACUCUUGUCGUGGGUACCGCCGGUCGCCACGUCCUCCUCUGGGACCUGCGCAACAUGGCCCAGCCCAUUGAACAGCAAGAGUCCACCUUGCGGUAUCAGACUCGCAUCAUUCGUUGCUUUCCUAACGGUCAGGGUUUCGUCAUGGGCUCUAUUGAAGGACGGGUUGCUGUGCGUAUGUUUGACAAGAGUCAAGAAUCUCAGAAGAAAUCGUAUGUCUUCAAAUGCCACCGCAAGAAAGAGGAGAACCGAGAAGUGAUAUAUCCCGUAACGGCAAUUUCAUUUCACCAGCGCUACAAUACGUUCGCAACGGGGGGAUCGGAUGGUAUGGUGAACACAUGGGAUGGAUUCAACCGAAAGUGGUUGGCUCAGUUCGAAAAAUAUCCCACAACGAUAAGCAGUUUGGAUUUCUGCGAAGAUGGUACGCAGUUGGCGAUUGGAGUAUCCUACCUCUACGAGAAUGGAGAAAUUCCCAACGCACCUCCACCAGCUAUCUACAUUCGCUCAGUUUCCGACUCAGAGGUGCGACGCAAAAACAUGGCACCAGCUAACGCAGCCUCCGGCGGUGCUACUAUCUCAGCUCCCCCAACUGUUCCCCCAACUCGUUACUAA